UUCAAUCUUCAUUUACAAUAUCAUCAAGGAGAUAUUUGGAGCAGAGUCAACUCUCUCAGUGACAUAAAAAUUUUUUUAAAAUGGCAUAUUAUUGGCAAACAGAUCCAAAUCCUGAUGAAUCAGAUGAAAAGCAGUAUGAGCAUCAAGAAUUUCGGUCUGUACAACAACCGCUUUCUUCGAGCCAAGUCAGUCUGGGUUUUGAUCAGCUCGUAGUUGAGAUCAGUGACAAAACUCCACUCUAUGAACGUGGAAUUGAAGAAAACACCUUUUCUGUAUCUGCCGCACCCACUAUGGAUUCAGAAAGUCAUUCAUUAGAUGAAACACACCAUUCAUCCUUGAAUACAUUCACUUCUAAAAGCCCUGAACUCUGCUGGCAUCAAGGUACGAAAACACCAGUAAUUGGUUUUAGGCCCUCUGUGUUACCUCAAAAUGUGACUAAAGAAUGCUCCUGGGAAAACCCCAGGGGGGAAUAUCCUGGUUCUGAUGAUUCUAGAACAUUCAAUCUGUUAGCUCCAUCACCUACUAGUUUGGAUAAAAUUAAUCGACAGCGACAAUUAGAAAAUGAAAAUUACAACUACCAUAUAGGGUUUGAAAGUAGCUUUCCUCCUACACAUUCAUCCUUCUCAAUGGAUUUCAUGUCAAAAGAAGAGAAAAGAAGGCAUGGACAUAUGAAAAUUGGGGAACCUUCUUCAUUAUCUCUACCCAGGAUACAGGAAAGUGCAGGGCCAAAAUACGCAGAGCCCAUAGGUUGUUCCAUCCAGCUCAUUGAAGUACCUGAAGGCAGUAAUAUGAGUCUGGCCUCCUUUUGUGACAAAGUAAAAAAAAUAAGAGAAGCAUACCAUGCAACUGAAAUUAAUGCCAAUUCUGGGAAGAUCUGGAGCACUGUUACCACAUUUCCACAUCAGCUCUUUCCUAAUACCAGGUUUAAUAUAAAUGUUUUCACUGAUACCUCAACCCAGCCACUUCAUUUUAUGCCAUAUGCUAAUUGUCUCGUCAAAGACCUAAUUGCAGAAAUUCGACAUUUUUGUACAAAUGACCACAUGUUCCUCAAAGAUUAUAUUCUAAGUGUAUGUGGCUCUGAAGAAUUUUUGCAAAAUGAUCACUGCUUGGGGAGCCACAAAAUGUUUCAGAAAGAUAAAUCUGUUAUUCAACUUCGUCUUCAGAAAAAUAGAGAGUCUCUGGGAAAGUUAUCUCGAAAGCAUGAAGAUGACCACAGUCAGUUUUAUCUAAACCAACUUCUAGAAUUUAUGCAUAUUUGGAAAGUAUCCAGACAGUGUCUCUUAACACUAAUCAAAAAAUACGACUUCUGCCUGAAAAACCUAUUGAAAACCCAGGAAAACGUGGAUAAUAUAAUUGAAGAAGUUAAAAAUUUUUAUCGAAACCCAGAGACUCCAGCAAAAGGCUUAAUAGAGAAAGUAACAACUGAGCUAUCCACAUCCAUUCACCAGCUAAUCAAUGUGUAUUGUAGCAGCUUUUAUGCAGAUUUUCAGCCUGUGAACGUACCUGAAAGCACUUUCUGUGCGAAUCCUGGGCUUCAUUCACACCUUAGCUUCACCGUGUAUGCAGCACACAACGUUCCAGAGACCUGGGUGUACAGAAUCAAUUUUCCUCUUGAAAUAAAGUCACUUCCAAAGGAGUCCAUGCUCACUAUAAAACUGUAUGGGAUUGCCUGUGAAACCAACAAUGCAAAGCUACUGGCCUGGACUUGUCUUCCAUUGUUUUCAAAAGAAAAAUCCAUUCUCGGGUCUAUGCUAUUCAGCAUGACGUUGCAGAGUGAACCACCCAGAGAAAUGAUAGCUCCAGGAGUGUGGGAUGUGAGCCAGCCAUCCCCAGUGACCCUGCAGAUGCGUAUAUAUGUGGCCAAAGGAAUGACUAAAAAGUCUAGAGAACAUGUAUCGGGUGCCUCUUCUCUUUCCCUUGGUGUUCAUCAUUCUGAUGAAUUACUGGAAGAUGAUGUCUCUGGCCGAAAGGCGAUAUACCAAGAAAUUCGUAAAGUGGCAGUUGGACAACUAGACCGCCUCUUGAAUGAUGAACUACUGGAAUACCUCCCACAGCUAGUUCAGGCUGUCAAGUUCGAGUGGAACCUUGAAAGUCCAUUAGUGCAACUCCUUCUUCACCGCUCAUUGCAAAGCAUCCAGAUUGCCCACAGUCUUUACUGGCUACUAAACAAUGCCCAGAAUGAAGUUUAUUUUAAAAGCUGGUAUCAGAAGUUGCUGGCUGCUCUCCAAUUCUGUGCAGGAAAAGCCUUGAGUGAUGAGUUUUCCAAGGAGAAGAAACUUAUCAAAAUUCUGGGAGAUAUUGGACAAAAAGUCAAGUCUGCCAGUGACCACCAAAGACAGGAGGUGUUGAAGAAAGAGAUUGACAGACUAGAAGAAUUCUUCCAAGAUGGAAAUACUUGUCACCUUCCUCUGAACCCUGCCCUGUGUGUAAAGGGGAUUGAUCAUGAUGCAUGCUCGUAUUUUACAUCUAAUGCUUUGCCAUUGAAGAUCACGUUCAUCAAUGCUAAUCCAGUGGGCAGAAACAUCAGCAUUAUUUUUAAGGCCGGAGAUGAUCUUCGACAGGAUAUGCUUGUUCUGCAGAUUAUUCAAGUGAUGGACAACAUUUGGCUGCAGGAGGGCCUGGACAUGCAAAUGAUCAUUUAUAGAUGUCUCUCCACAGGAAAAGACCAAGGCUUGGUGCAGAUGGUGCCUGAUGCUGUAACCCUAGCAAAGAUCCAUCGCCAUUCUGGACUGAUAGGACCUCUGAAAGAAAAUACAAUCAAAAAGUGGUUCAGUCAGCACAACCACUUAAAGGCAGAUUAUGAAAAGGCCCUGAGGAACUUUUUCUAUUCCUGUGCUGGCUGGUGUGUGGUAACAUUCAUCUUGGGAGUCUGUGACCGUCACAAUGAUAAUAUCAUGCUGACAAAGUCAGGCCAUAUGUUUCAUAUCGACUUUGGAAAAUUUUUAGGUCAUGCCCAAACAUUUGGAGGGAUAAAAAGAGACCGAGCCCCUUUCAUAUUCACUUCAGAGAUGGAGUACUUUAUUACAGAGGGUGGAAAAAACCCACAGCAUUUCCAAGAUUUUGUGGAGCUUUGCUGUCAAGCUUAUAAUAUUGUCAGAAAGCACAGCCGACUGCUCUUGAACCUGCUAGAAAUGAUGCUACAUGCAGGACUGCCUGAGCUAAGUGGAAUCCAAGACCUGAAAUAUGUGUAUAACACUCUUCGUCCGCAAGACACCGACCUGGAAGCAACAAGUCAUUUUACCAGGAAAAUAAAGGAAAGUCUGGAGUGCUUCCCUGUUAAGUUGAAUAACUUGAUCCACACACUUGCACAGAUGUCAACCAUAAGCCCUGCCAAACCUACUUCCCAGACUUUUCCGCAGGAGUCCUGUCUGCUAAGUACAGCCAGGUCCAUUCAACGAGCAACGAUUUUAGGGUUCAGCAAGAAACCCACUAACCUGUAUCUGAUCCAAGUGACACAGAGUAACCAUGAAACAAGCCUGACCGAAAAAUCAUUGGACCAGUUUUCAAGACUACAUAGCCAGCUUCAGAAGCAGUUUCCGUCCCUGACUCUCCCAGAGUUUCCUCACUGGUGGCAUUUACCUUUUACAAAUUCAGAUCACAAAAGAUUCAGCGAUCUAAAUCAUUACAUGGAACAGAUAUUAAAUGGAUCACAUGAAGUCGCAAAUAGUGAUUGCAUACUCAAUUUUUUCCUGUCUGAGCCUAUACAACAAACUAUCAUAGAAUCAUCACUUGUGCACCUAUGUGAGACAUUGUCUGACAAGAAGCCUCAGGUGCAGUUAGUCAUGUCACACGAAGAUACAAAGCUGACCAUCCUCGUGAAGCACAUGAAAAACAUUCAUCUCCCAGAUGGCUCUGCGCCCAGUGCGCAUGUUGAAUUUUAUCUUUUCCCCUAUCCCAGUGAAGUUCGUAGGAGGAAAACAAAAUCUGUUCCAAAAUGUACAGACCCCACUUACAAUGAAAUCGUAGUAUAUGAUGAAGUCACUGAGCUCCAAGGACAUGUCUUAAUGCUUGUUGUGAAGAGCAAAACUGUAUUUGUGGGAGCAAUUAACAUCCAACUCUGUAGUGUCGUACUCAAUGAAGAAAAAUGGUAUCCACUAGGAAACAGUAUAAUUUGACCAUUGCUAUGAACACAUGCAUUAUUCAUUAGCUAGCAUUUUUUUUUUUUUUCACUUCUAGGCUUCUUUAUCACAUAAGCAAGGCAUCUUUGUAGUUAAAGAUACCGUAGGGUAUUCUGGACAGAAGAAAAAAAUGAGACCGAAUGAAAAAUCAGUCUCUUUUUUUGGUUGUUUUCUAACUAUUCUUGUAUUGUUUUCUUAGAAUAUUUUCUCCGUAGUGAAAUGCCAAAGUGUA